AACCAAUCCUCCCCUUCGCCAUGGAACCUGUUUUGAUCGUCGGAGCAGGCAUUGUCGGACUGACGCUUGGCCAGGCUCUGAAGAAGGAAAACAUUCCUUUUCGCAUCUACGAGCGGGACGCAUCGCCCCAUGCUCGUGGGCAAGGAUGGGCCAUCACCCUGCAUUGGGCCCUGGGAUACAUCCAGCAGAUCCUCCCCGAAGCCACAUUACAAGCCAUUCAAGCGGUGCAGGUGGACCCGCAAGUCGCCCAGCAUGACGACGGGAACUUCCUCUUCAUCGACCUCGCGACCGGCGCCCCCAAGUUCAAGAUCCCCCCUAGCACCCGCUGGCGGGUCAACCGACAGAAGAUGCGCGGUGCGUUGCUGCGCGGGAUUGAAGAGCAUGUGCAGUGGAAUGCGCAAGUGGUCGACAUCGAGACCCAAGGGACGGCUCCUCCAGCCCUGGUCCUCGCCGAGGGCACGCGUGUGUCCGGACGGUUUGUCAUCGGGGUCGAAGGCAGUCGAUCGCUCGUGCGCCGCGUCCUGCGACCAGACGCAUACCUCAACUCCGUCCUCCCCAUCCGGUUCACGGGGGUAGCUGUAGAUCUGUCGCCGGAGGAGAUCCGCCCCCUGCGGGCCAUGGAUCCGCUGCUCUUCCAGGGCUGCCACCCCAGCACAGGGGUGUUCUUCUGGUUCUCCGUGCUCGAAACCCCCCAGAGCAACGGCACGCAGGGCAACCCCGACGGCGAGCGCUAUCGGGCGCAGAUCUGCAUGUCGUGGCCGCUAAACAGUGAGGCCGAUGAAGUGGCGGCUAGCGAUGCAGAGCGACUUGACAAUAUGAAACGACGGUCGGUGGGCUUCGUGCCAUUUCUGCGGUCGGUCGUGGAGGGGAUACCCUCUGAAACGCCGGUCUUGGAGAUCAAACUGGCCGAUUGGGAGUGUUUGAACUGGGAUAACUGCGACGGCCGAAUCACGCUGGCCGGGGAUGCAGCCCAUGCCAUGACCAUGUAUCGCGGAGAAGCGGCCAACCACGGACUGUUAGACGCCUUCUACCUCUCCCAGGCGCUGCGACAGGUGUACAGGGAGGGACGGGGAGCAAAAGAGGCGUUGGAUGAGUACGAGGAGGAGAUGCGGUCUCGGACGAGACGUGCGGUGCGAUUGAGUCGGCAAGCCUGUCACGAUGCGCAUACUUGGGACCGACUAGAUGAGGACUCGGCUAUUUUGACUAGGAGAGCUAUUAUCGGCGAGGCUUGACGUUGGGGCUGGGCUUAGGUAGAUUCAAUGUGCUGGAACCAGUGACGGUUGCUAGUCAGGCGUGAU